AAUAAUAUCCCAAAACUUUAAUUUUACUUCUAGGUUCUAGCAUGACAGCCAGGUCAUAAGGGUCAUUCCACGCGACACAGCCUCCCUUUUCGCUGUCUAAACGCCCAACAAUUCUAUCUCUUUGCAUAACUACUGCUCUUCUCCCUAUAUCUAUUCCGUCUCUAACGGCACCGUGAAUCUACCGUUACCCACAGAUGCAGACGGCAAAAUCUCGCCGGAAAGUCGCUCCUGCCUCGGCAGAGAACGGCGACUCCGGCGACAAGCUCGACCAGAUCCUCCUCUCCGCCGCCGUCGCUAACGGCGAAGAUUUAGGCCCCUUUAUUCGCAAAGCCUUCGCUUCCGGAAAGCCUGAAACCCUAGUUCAUCAUCUCCGUCACUUCUCUCGAUCCAAAGAGUCCGAGAUUGAAGAUGUUUGUAAAGCUCAUUAUCAAGACUUCAUCUUGGCCGUUGAUGAUCUCCGAUCGCUUCUCUCCGAUGUCGAUUCGCUUAAAUCGUCGCUGUCAAACUCGAAUUCGCAGCUACAGUCUGUUGCUGGACCGCUUUUGACUUCGCUCGAUUCGUUUAUCGAGGCGAAGAACAAGUGCCAGAAUAUCAAUUUAGCGAUUAAUUCGUCGAAAAUAUGCGUUGAGCUGAUGGAGCUUUGCUCGCGAGCGAAUGUGCACAUUAAAGAACAGAACUUUUACAUGGCGUUGAAGUGUUUGGAGAUGAUUGAGUCGGAGUAUUUUAGCGAAACGCCUUCGUCGACUAUGAGGAGAAUGCUGGAGACGAAGAUUCCCGCGAUCCGAUCUCAUAUUGAGAGGUUGAUUAAUAAGGAGUUUGGGGAUUGGUUGGUUGAUAUUCGGUUGGUUAGUAGGAAUUUAGGUCAGAUGGCGAUUGGACAAGCUUCUGCUUCGAGACAACGAGAAGAGGAGAUGCGGAUGAAGCAGAGACAAGCUGAGGAGCAGAGUCGAUUGAGUUCACGAGAUUGUAUUUAUGCGUUGGAGGAGGAAGAUGAUGAAGGAUUUGCAGAAAUUGGUGAGGAAUUUGAUUUGACUCCAUUGUAUAGGGCUUAUCAUAUUCACCAGACGUUAGGGCUUGAAGAUCGGUUCAAGCAGUAUUAUUUUGAGAAUCGGAAGCUUCAGCUUACUUCUGACUUUCAGGUAUCUUCGAUGACACCUUUUUUGGAAUCUCAUCAAACUUUUUUUGCGCAAAUUGCUGGCUUUUUUAUUGUGGAAGAUCGUGUUUUGAGAACCGGUGGGCAAUUGAUAUCGAAAAUGGAAGUAGAGAGUUUAUGGGAUACUGCUGUUAGUAAAAUGUGUUCCGUAUUAGAAGAUCAAUUCUCUAGGAUGCAAACUGCUAAUCAUUUGUUGCUUAUUAAGGAUUAUGUCAGUUUAUUGGGUGUUACGUUACGUGGAUAUGGUUAUCCUGUUGCUCAGUUGCUUGAUGUGUUGAGUAAACAUAGGGAUAAGUAUCAUGAGUUAUUGUUGUCUGAUUGUCGUAAACAAAUUUCUGAAGUUCUCCAGGCCGAUAGAUUUGAGAAUAUGUAUAUGAGGAAAGAGUACGAGUAUUCAAUGAAUGUGCUGUCAUUUCAAAUACAGACAUCAGAUAUUAUGCCAGCAUUUCCAUAUGUUGCCCCCUUUUCUUCUACAGUUCCUGAUUGUUGUCGAAUUGUAAGAUCAUUUAUUGAGGAUUCUGUCAGUUUCAUGUCUUACGGUGGGCAGCUUGAUUUCUAUGAUGUUGUGAAGAAGUACUUGGACCGACUUUUGAGUGAUGUCUUGGAUGGGGCUCUUUUAAAGCUGAUCAGUACAUCAAUCCAUGGUGUCAACCAAGCGAUGAUAGUAGCUGCUAAUAUGUCUGUCUUGGAGCGUGCUUGUGAUUUCUUUUUCAGACAUGCGGCCCAGCUUUCAGGAAUUCCAUUGAGAAUGGCUGAAAGGAGUAGGAGGAAGUUUCCAUUAAACAAAGCCCGUGAUGCCGCCGAAGAGAUGCUCUCAGGGCUGCUUAAGAAGAAGGUAGAUGGAUUUAUGACAUUGAUUGAGAAUGUGAAUUGGUUAGCUGAUGAACCUCCACAGCUUGAGAAUGAAUAUGUGAAUGAGGUCAGCAUUUUUCUUGAAACUCUGCUUUCAACAGCGCAGCAGAUAUUACCCAGUCAGGUUCUUAGAAGAGUUUUACAAGAUGUACUUUCUCACAUUUCAGAGCUCAUCAUUGGGGCUUUAUAUGGGGAAACUGUAAAAAGGUUUACUUUAAAUGCCAUUAUGGGUUUAGAUAUAGAUAUAAAGUCACUGGAGACAUUUGCAGAAAACCAAGCUUCUCUUCUGCCUGAAGCAGACACUAAUCAAUUAAAAAAUGCACUUGCUGGGGCAAGGCAGAUGGUUAACUUGCUUUUAAGCAACCACCCAGAAAACUUUUUGAAUCCAGUAAUCCGAGAAAGGAGUUAUAAUGCUUUGGAUUAUAGGAAGGUAGUGACCAUUUCUGAGAAGUUAAGAGAACCUUCAGAGCGGCUGUUUGGAACAUUUGGAUCAAGGAAUUACAAGCAAAAUCCUAAGAAGAAAUCUCUUGAUUCAUUAAUAAAAAGACUUAAGGAUGUUAACUGAUUUCAUAUAGAAAGUACAUGCCUCCUGAAGUACCCGGUAUCUAUUUCUUCAUAUAUUUUCCGUUGACUGAUUUGGGGUAAUUUAUUGCUUCCCAAUCUUUUCUUCAUGUUUGUUGCAAGUCAUCGCAGUUCAAUUGUAUCAUUAGAGAUGCAUAUUCAUUUUGUGUGUAUUUAUUUCACAAGCAUACAGUAUUAGUUAAAUCCAAUUUUUUCAAGUUAUGUAAUGUAUAUUUCAUUUAUCGGUUUUUA